CGCAAGGCCGGCACGCAGAUCGAGAACAUCGAGGAGGAUUUCCGCAACGGCCUCAAGCUCAUGCUGCUGCUCGAGGUCAUCUCUGGCGAGCGGCUGCCCAAGCCGGACAAGGGCAAGAUGCGCUUCCACAAGAUCGCCAACGUCAACAAGGCGCUGGACUUCAUCGCCAGCAAAGGGGUGAAGCUGGUGUCCAUCGGGGCCGAGGAGAUCGUGGACGGGAACCUCAAGAUGACGCUGGGGAUGAUCUGGACCAUCAUCCUGCGCUUCGCCAUCCAGGACAUCUCCGUGGAGGAGACCUCGGCCAAGGAGGGGCUGCUGCUCUGGUGCCAGCGCAAGACGGCUCCGUAUCGCAACGUCAACGUGCAGAACUUCCACACCAG